GCGCUCGUGGGGUCGUGCCUCGAACAUUUCAUCCAGAACCGACCAUAUCAAGAUAAUUCAAACCAGUACCAGUAAAACGCACGGUUAUCCAAGAAAAUUCAUCGCUUCUCUGUGCCGUGGGUUAUCAAAGCGCUUAGUCACCGUUUUUACAGAGAGAAGUUUUGUAAAGUGUUCACAAUUAUUCAUUACCCUGACGGAAACUAAAUGUUUGUAUCGGUCUAAGUGAUUCUGAGCAGCUCAUCAUUAACUUAGCUCUUCAUUCUACGAAAUUCUAUCGAACUUGGUGUGGAAUUUCUUAACUUUAUCAUUUUCUUGAGAGCUCUGGGUGCUUGGAUAAAAAGGCACAUUCGCACCGCUACGAAUGGAAGCGAUAAGCCGACUUGGCUAUUGUACAUUUUCUCAUAUGAUUCAUCCGUCAAAGUGGUGUACAUUUCACUGACACAAGGUUGAAAGAAAAAUGAGUCACAAAAUGGUAAAUGGUGGAAUUUCAUCUGGUAAACACAGCUCCCCAAAGACUUCAAUAAAAAAUGGUGGCAUUAAUGCACCUAGAUCUGCCAAUCAGUUUCCUGCAAGGACAAACUUUUUACUUGAGCACCUUGCAUCAUUCACCUUGAAAACGGCCCAAGAAUCACAGAUUUCUGCUAAAGAGCGGCUUGUCCACACCAAGGAGUUAUUGGCCAAGGGCAAUCUAUGGACCAAAGAAAUGGAAAUGCGCCUGACUGACACAGACAUUGUGUUGCUUGAUGGAGAAACACAGAAUGUGAUUGAGGUCUACCCAUUGGCCAGUAUUGGUACGGUGCAGCACAUCAGUGAUGAUACUGACCUUAACAGCGUUCUUCUGUUCUCUACUCUGCAAACAGAUGAUAAAUAUGCUGCAACACACCUCUUCCAGUCUGACCGAGUCCCGGCAGCAGUAGUUGCUACUGAAAUAAUGAAAGCUUCAAGUAGCAAAGAGGCAAUGCCUAGCAGACCUGCUACUACAACAACCACCAAGAAUGUCAGCGCUUUGCCUCCGCCACCCUCUUACACAGCACCACAACCACCAAUUGACCGUGAACGCAUGGACCUGCACGAGCGUUCUCUGGUAGCACAGACAAUAGCAGCCUUCUCCGUUCACAGCCAAAGCAACAUCAAGAAGCCAUCUAGAGUUCCACGUGGCAGCAGUCAGGGCGAUGGAGAGCAGGAGGACUCUAACUCUCUGGAGGCUCUUGAAGCAAGAACUAAUAGAGAUGUGCAAAUACUUAACCACUGCAUUGAUGACAUUGAAAAUCUGGUCUGGAGGACCAAGCGCUCAGCGGAAGCCUGGAAAAAAUUACAGAAAAAGAAAGGAAAGGUUAAAGCUGACAGCCAAUUGGCCUUAGAGGCUAGACCGCCCCCAGAAGCGGAUUUUGUUGACGCAUUCCAAAAAUUCAAGCAUGCCUUCAAUCUUCUGGCACGACUCCGUCAACACAUCCACAAUCCCAACGCCUCUGAGCUAGUCCACUAUUUGUUUGUGCCAUUGUCGCUGCUCAUUAGAUGCACAAAUGGACCAGACAAGGCCAAGGCCGUGUUAUCACCUUUGCUUACCACCCAGGCCAUCGAGUUGCUGCAGAACUGCCUGUCAUCAAAAGAAUCCGAACUUUGGAAUGCACUCGGCCCACACUGGACAGAAACUAAGUCGAGCAAACGUUUUAAGGAUGUGUUUAUUCCCCCUUAUGCGCCUAUAUUCAAGGAUGGUUGGGUCCCACCGGAGUAUGUGGGUGGAAAGGAUGUGCCCGCGAACAUUAGUGCAGCAGUGGCUGCGAAUGCUGCAGCUGUCGCACAAAUGAAUGACACGAAAAGAGGUGACGACUCGGGACCUACAAGUCCUACCGUACUUGCUGCUGCUGCUAAGUUCAGAAGGCUGGCGAGUAUAAAGAACGAAAACGACAAAGAGACUACACCUAGCAGCACCCCUGGAAAGAGAGGGAUAUUCAGGCGGACCACUGUACUGUACGAUUUCCAAGCACGCAACUCACGAGAACUCUCUGUCAAACAAAACGAGGAGUUAGUGGUUUUGGACGAUUCCCGCCAGUGGUGGUGUGUACGGAACAGUGAAGGCGCUAUUGGGUUUAUACCAAACACUGUAGUUCAAGCGAACAACGAGCAGGGACUAAGUCAAAAGGAUAAAGCGUACCUCCCAGCUCCACCGUCCUCCCCUCCCCCUCCCAUACCAACAGCGACUGUCACCAUCACGUCCUCCUCUUCCAUGGAAAAGGUGUCGUCAGAGACUCGAAAGCUUCCUCGUGUAGAGCUUCGUCAUGUGGAGGUCCAUGAAAAACUUGUAGCACGACAAGAUGACACCCCGAUACCACCACCACCUCCUAUGAGUCCUCCCCCACCCACCCCCCCUCCGCCAGCGACUUCGCCUGUCACCAAGCUUCAAACAACAACCACCAAAACAGACGUGGAUGGUGUUAGCGAGUUCGAGAAGGCUAUCCUAACAGGAGGAAACCUGAAGAAAGUGGAUAAAGAAGCUGAGGCGAAGAGAAAAGAGGAGGCCCAGAAGAAGAGACUGAGUUCGGCAGAUAUGCUGAAUGAUGAGUUGAAGCGCCGAAUGACACAGGGUUCAGGGACUCUAACGCCCCGCCCGACUCACAAAGCCGUCAAAGCACCAGAAGUUACUUUGACGGCGGACUCUGGGCCGGAUGAGGUAGCCAAGUGGCUGAGGAGCAAGAACUUUAGCCAAGGGUGCAUGGCAGCGCUGCAGUGGAACUCUGCCAAGGAUCUAGACAAGAUGAGCAAAGAGGAUCUCAAACUAAAAUGUGGUGACUCGGAAGGUGCGCGAGUGUUCAGCCAAUUCGCAGUGCAGAAGGCAACAUGGCAGACGACAUGUAAGGGUGCUGAACUCCAGUUCAUAAUGCAGCGACGUAAACAUCUGGUCGAGGUAGAAACAAAGAAGGAAGAACCUUCAGAGGAAGGUAACCUGCGUAACCUUGUGGCCGAAGCACGAGCAGCAGCCGAGGAGCCAGCAGAGACACAAAGAACUAAAUCCGUCAGUAGACCCAAGCCUAUCAUGGCAGCUGCCCCGCAGGAGAGGGUGAGACCUCAAAGCAUGGUAGAUCAGCCUGUCAAAAAACCAAAAUCUCCUCCCCCGGGAAGGAAACAGUCCCGAGGAUUAUCGUUUGGCAGCGAGGAGAUCGUCCCCCCGCCGGAUUUCUCGGAUAACCCUGGAGAGAUGAGACAGGGAGCUGCUUUGUCUCCUGAUCAAGUGGAAGAAAUCCUCAAAGAACAGAAGAAACAACAGGAACUACUCAUGGAGCACAAAAAGCAGUUUGCAUUAUUGGAACAACUGCAGCGACAGAAACAGGAGCUGGAGGAUUACAAACGCGAGUUCCAGCAGCAGCUGCAACGACAGAAACAAACAGAACUCGAGGACAAGCAGAGUGAACUUGAGAAGAAGAUCAAAUCCCAAGAAAACGAGAUGCGAGAAAACCAGAUGCGUCUGGAACAGCAGAAGAUGUUUAUGAACGUGAUGCUACAGCAGCACCAUUAUCAGCAGCAUCCGCAGAUGACAGCCAUGCAGCCGCAGUACCAGCCCCUCCUCGUCCCGCCUCCGCCGCAGUUCCUCCCCAUGAGCCCGGCCAUGGCCCCCAUACCCACAAUGCAACCGGUCAUGGGUUACUCGCCCACGGUAGUGCCGACCAGCGGAGUCCCGCAAAUGGUACCGACUUAUGCUGUUUCAGGCAGUGUUAUGCAUCAGACUACAACAAUGUAACAAGGGAGGGGAGGGAUAGGUAGUGUUGUGCAUCAGACUAAAACUUUGUAACAAGGGAGGGGAGGGAUAGGCAGUGUUGUGCAUCAGACUAAAACAAUGUAACAAGGGAGGGGAGGGAUAGGCAGUGUUGUGCAUCAGACUAAAACAAUGUAACAAGGGGAGGGGAGGCGAGGGAUAAGUAGUGUUGUGCAUCAGUCUACAACAGACUACAAUAUUGAAGCCAGAUGUGUUGGAGUAGUGCGCUAGAUAUUAGGGUUGGGUGUUGUAACGUGGGUACCAUCAACAUUUUUAGAAUAUCUUUGUGUACCCGUGGUGCUGUGUUUUCCACACCGUGGACUUGAGUUUCUCGUGGUGUUGUUUGGUUUCUCGUGGAUGUUGUUUGGGUGCGUGUACCACGCAACGAAUUGAUAACAUUGGGCCAAUAUUUGUUUACAGUGUGGUACUUGGCUUGUUUAUUGCUGCGAUGAGUUAUAAUUUCGACGGUUUUCUUCUUGUGUAGAAAAGUAUGUGGGGAGGGGUAGUUUUUCACUAUGAUCAAUAUGAAUUUUCCCUCGAGAUUCGGGUUUGGAAGUGGUAGAUUCUGUGUUACGAGGCAUCGUAAAUAAGAGGAGGGGAGAAGUGUAUACCAGGCUGUAUGUUUCCGUAAUCGGUAAAUUUAAGCGUGAAUGCAAUUGCAUUUCCUAGGCGUCUAGGGGUGGAUUUUAAAGCAAGUACGUACUUUUUGAAGGACGAGGGCACAAAUUGCCUUAUGCUUACUCUAAAACGUGUACGGUUCAUUUGGAGAUGCAUUUACAUUCAUUAUGGAUAUAUUAUAUUUUUGGUUUAUUUGAAUCUGUAAAAUGAAUUAACAAAAGCAUAAUCAUCGUACAAAAAAGCAUGCCGUUAAAUUCCAUUGCAUUUGGAAACCAAGGGAUUAUUUUAUAACUUUUAUACAAAUCCCAAAUAUCCCUUGUUUUCUUACUGCAAUUAAAGUUACUAACUAAUUAAGUAUUUAACUAAGUAAUCGAAGUCAGUUUAGUCGUUAAGUUGAAAGGCCAGACCCUUAUUGUUAGGCCUAAUAGACACGAAGAGAGCAGAAUUUGAAUUAACAUCUAGUUGAGGUUUCACAGUAUUAGUAAAAUUGACUAAUAGGCCGCGCAAGCCUUUUUUGUUAACGCUCAAGAGUCAACAAGGAAGUUGACGUUUCUCAGUUGCUAGGUUACAAGGCCUCUUCGUGGUCACAGCCUUCCAAAUUGUUUCUAGAAGUGCAAGUUUCCUGUAGGGAAACGCGUUCUUUUUUUAACAAAAUUUAUGAUAGACUUUACACUUUCGGAUUGUAAAACAUGAUAAUUCCAUUAUUCUCCAAACCGUUAUGCAUUAAACAUUUACAGUA